CUUAUCUCCUCAUCGCGAAGUCGCAAUUCUAGAGCAAGAUUCACAACAUCAGCCGCUUUGCACAUCUCAGCUCCAUCAAUCUAGUACUCAGAUAUAUCAUCUGUUGUUCGAUAGAAGUUCGCGAGUCGCUUGCUCGAUGGUUCUCCGUUGCGCAUCAUCCAAAGUCUGAAGAGAUUAGGUGACACUUCCCCUAGCUUCCCCAGAUUUCCAGAGCAAGGAGAGGAGGACGCGUGAAAAGCGACUGUCCUUGGGGGGCAACAAAAUCAGCAACGCACAUUUUGCUCAACGGUUGGAUGGAGGAGUAAUUUCCGGUCGGGCACAAGCAUAUACAAGCAAAAAGAGUGGUUAUCUCUCUACGCUUCAGUUAUCUGUUGUAUUACUAGUACCUGUCGAUGCCGUAGAGGAGGAGGCAAGACUGGUAUUUUUCUAUUUGCUUUGCAAGAAUCAGGCGAAAUUCAAGCCUUCUUUCAGCAACUAUUCUAUCAACUGUAGUCUAUUUUAUAUUUUGAGCGUGCCAGAUAUCGCACCAUGGCCGACGAACCGCGUCGCUCAGGAAGAUCAACAAAGGGUCAGCAUUCCAAAAACAACGAUUUUCCUGAAAUGGCGCCUUCGAAACGCAAAGGGAAAACACAAGCCAAAGCCCAGAAACAAGCCUCCAAUGAACCGACUCCUGCCCCAAACGACGAAGAGGACGAGAUAAUCCGUUGCAUUUGUGGUGAAUAUGAAGAAGAAGAAGACGUGGAACGGGAUAUGAUAUGCUGCGACAAAUGCUCGGCAUGGCAGCACAACGAUUGCAUGGGGCUCACUUUCCCCAAGGGCCAGGAACCCGCGGAGUAUUUUUGCGAGCAAUGCAAGCCGGAAAAUCAUAAGGAUCUUCUAGAUAAGAUGGCCCGCGGCGAAAAACCCUGGGAGGAAGCCGCCAGAUUAAGAGCCUUAGCUGCGGAGGAGAAAAAGGCGCGGAGGAAGAAAGGUGGCAAACGUGGAAGGAAGUCUACCCGGCCUAGUGAUGUCAAGUCUGAAGUGGGUGAAGAUGGUGUGAAAAUUGCCUCUGCAACCCCAGCAAAGGAGACCCCUGUCUCCGCGCCUCCAACUAGCAGUAAAGCCAGCCCUCCGGCGCCUGCAGCGGAGCUUCCUAGCCAUGGACCUCCUAGCAGCCAAAAGCGCAAAUUUGAGGAGCAGGAUGUUAGCCAACGUGAGCCGGGACCAAAGCAGAAACUCCAGCGAUUGUCGACAGGUGGCCAAGUUGGAUCCCCUGAGGUGAGGUCGCCGACUGUGAAUCGGAAGCAGAGUGUAUCUAGUGCGCAAUCUGCUCAGGAACAGAGAAGUGGAAGGUCACCAUCUGAAGGAGCUGGAGGCCCGUCAGAUCUUCAGAGUGUGGCCAGGAGAAAUGUGGCCAAUGCCCUAGUCAAACUCUUCGUAGAACAGGCAGCUUUAGCCCAGCAGCAGGGUACUUAUACAAUGCCCGCUGGGAAGACCAAGGAAGCUGUUGGUGAACCGCUGGGGCUCGCAAUUGAACUUGCCAUGUAUAAACAUCUCUGUGGAGGAGCAGGAGAACCUAGUGAAGCCUAUAAGCAGCAGAUGCGGACCAUCCUAUUCAAUGUAAGGAAGAAUACUUCGUUACGUGAUAGUUUGCUUGUAGGAAGUAUUUCUCCAGACGCACUUGCCACCAUGAGCACCCAAGACAUGGCUAGCAAAGAGCUGCGACAAAAGGAUGAUGAAAUCAAGCGAGAGGCUGAGCGCCAGCACAUUAUUAUCCAAGAACAAGGGCCGCGGAUCAGACGUACACACAAGGGGGAGGAAUUGAUCGAAGACGAUACACAGCAUGCUGCAACCGAAUCUAUCUUUUCGGCUCCCUCAGCUCGCCGCGAUACCAUACCCGACUCCGAGCUCCGUUCUGCUGCAAGUCCUACAGGAGCUAGAUCAGCCAGCCCGAGCAUCGCCCAUCAGCCUGAGUUCAGAGAAUAUCGAGGCUCAAUGGACCGCGCAGCGGGGGAUCACCGGCCUCCAUCCAUCGAUACCUCUGGUGGAGACCAGCGACGAGCUUCAGGCCCAGCCUUUAACAUCCAAAACGUCUGGUCGAACGUCCAAUCACCAGGUUCAGCACCUCAUGAUAAGCCCUUCCCUCCUGCUCCGGCGCCAGCCCUUCGGGAAGUACAUCCGGGUCACAGAGCCCAAGCCGACGCGGAGAUCGAUCAAUUGCUCAAGGACGAAGAUAUCGAUUCCCCACCGUACUCUCCAAAGGACUUCCAUGCUGACGGUGAAAUCUGGCGUGGCAAGGUAUCUAUGAACCCUGUUGCUGAAUUCUCCGCUGCCGCAAGACACGUUGCUGGAGCAGAUCUCAGCGGAAGGAUCCCUUGGGAACAAUUAAUCCCGCCGACGUUGGUGAUCGAUGGCCGUAUCGAAACGCAACUAGCCACAAACUACCUAUGUGGCCUUCGCUUCAGCCAGACGACCGAUGUAUCCGUUAACGCCAUCUCCCCCCCAGUCGCCUCACAUGACAACGCGGAAUUCCAGAAGCUAUUCGAAUAUUUCCUCCAGCGCAAACGAUUUGGCGUUAUCGGUAAACACCCCUUCCCUGGUGUCAAGGACACAUACAUCGUCCCAAUCGAAGCAGGUCAGAGCAAGAAACCCGAAUUCAUCGAAUUGCUGGAGAACAACACCCUUGAAGACCCAACACCGCAUCGGACACUGCUUGUCGUCUUCGUUGUAAAAUCGAACAACCACUACAGCCCGCCCAUUGGCCAUCCGACGCCCCAAGAACCCAACUAUACCACUGCCAGUCCCCUGACCGCCACACCAGGCUCCGCUUCGAACCAAUCCCAAUACACCCCAGCCCCAGCCGCAUCGAGCGGUGCGCCACCCAUCGUGCCUACGGCGGUGUCAACAUCACCACCCUCAGCCAUGCCAACAACAGAUGGUUUCAAUCAGCAGCAACAAGAUCACACAAAGCUACAAUCACAACUACAUCCGCAGCAAUACACCCCAGCUUCCCAUGCUUCGGCCUCGCCCCAAAACCUCAUCGGCAAACCUGCUGCUGUGCAAAUACUCGGGCCAUUAGCGACGUCGCCAGCUGUGGAGCAGCUGUUGCAGCAGGCGCCAAAUUCAGACGUGGAGCAACUUAAACUCAUAGCGGGUAUCCUAGCUCAGAACCCCACUGCAGCCAAUGAUUAUCAGUUGUUAGUGAACAAGAUCGUUGAAAAUACAAAUGGGAAGACACAGUAAUGUUUGUCUUUUGUUGGCGCCUUCUGGUCUUCAACACCCCACCUCCCCCCACCCUUACUUGAUUUCUUCUCUCUUUGCGUUUUGUCGAGUUUCUCUCUAUCUCUUGCUUUUAUAUUGUGCAAAUUGCUGCGUUACACGCAGCGUUUCCUAUUAUGGCAUUUUGUCUUUCGUCUCAGAGUCUGUACUUGAGAUGGAAAGGAUGGAUUAUUUGCUUGCUUAACAGGGGCUUUUUUUCCCUUGUCCAUCGAUCUUCUAGGGAAGAAAUUGUGGCGCGGCUUGUUUUUAUAUAUUUCAAUUCUAGUUCUCUUCCCCUUGAAUUUUUUCAUGCUUAGGUUUUUCACGUGAAUCAUUGUCAAUUGCUAUUAUUGCCACUGAUUUCUUACUAAUUUUCUGAUUUUCUAGCCGCCAUUUUCUACUACCUUCAGCUUCUUUCUUUCCUGGUACAUAGGAGUCAAAAUGUACGGUGCUAGGCUAGUGUUUUUACCGGUUGCUAUUUCUUUUCCCCCAGAUAUGUUCUCCCCAUAGCCCCCUCCUCCCCAUGUGUUACCAACCCUGUUUCCCCAAGCUCAUCUCACCGGUGAAUUUCAUGUUCAUGUUUUUCUGUAUGUAAAUAGUUAAAACUGUCCUGCGUUUUCGCCGCUUCCCUGCUGGCGCAUACUGUACAUUAAAAGCCAUAUUCAACCGUUUUUUCUAUGGGUGCCUCCGUUCUGCUCAUUUCAAUGGCACAAACUCUCUAGUUCCUUACUCCAUAAACUACGUUGUGACAUAAGUUUCUCAAGAAACUAAAAAGGUCACGCAUCUUUGAGAAUGAUUUGGCUAGUGGUCGGUGUGGUUUUGUUAAUACUGCGCCUCAACUAAAGUUUGUGAUCAACUAUAUAUAUAUACCUUCUUGACAUGGUCACACCAUUAGGAAACACAAAAUAAACUAUGACAUACAUGUAGGUCCGAGUUAGAUCCGAGUAAAAUUUCCCCGUUCAUUAUAUUUUAGGCUAUCAUAGUUGCUCUCCCUCAGGGCCACAACAUACAAAAACAUAAUAAACCCUUUGCCUAAUUCCAAGAGUAAAACUCCCCGAACGCCACCGCUAUGCAAUUCUCCCGCGCGCGAAAUAAAAGGCAUACACAUACAAUAGUGGGUAUUCUUUACCACCGUCCCCCAUAACCUCCCCCCCCUCCUCUACCCUUGUACCCUCUAUAACCACCUCCGCCACCACCAGUCCGAUACGGUCCUCGACCCCCACCAGCUCUAGAACCCCAACCGCCCUCACUAUCAUAAUCGCCACGGCCGGAGGGACCAUCGUCAUGCCUAGAGGGUGGUGGUCCCUUCAACUCCUUCUGCAAGACACUAAAAGUCUCGCGCAUCUUCGCGUAUCCCAGGUGCAUUUUGCCAAAGAAGUGAUCCGCCAAGCGACGAUCGUUAUCUAGACGACUAAGAUAUGCCCCGCAUACAUCGCAGACUUGUAAUUUCUGGUGACCUGAGGGUCCGGAUGUGUCGGCGAGCGCUUUGAGUUCGCGUUCGCAGGCCUCCUUUUGGUGUUUUGCGGUGCGGACUUUGUGGAACUCGUUGUAAGCCGUGGAGACAGAACCCAUUUCGCUGAGGACGGAGACUUCUAGGAGGCCGUUGCUUAUGGUCUUUGAGAGAUCGGAUAUUUGUUUUAGCUGAGUGAGAGACGGGGGUAAAUUAGUUAGCAAAUAGGAUUCAGUUUGCGGGGAGUGGUUAUGGGGUCAUGGGAGAAAAGAUUAUAGGGAAAAACGACAAAUGAUGACAAAGGUACAAAUAACGUAGAAAUAACAUACAAGGUUAUUUGUCUGACGAAUUUCAUCCGGUGUCUUCUCUAAUCGUC